CAAUUGGUGGCGUUAAUGUACCAUUUGCUCGUUCGCCAACAGAAAUUUAACAACGAAGAAGAAUUGUACGGGAGCUGCAUAGGUUUCUCGCGCACUCGGAGGGAGAAGACGCAGGAGCCAAACACUGCCAUACAAACUGUGAAGUUAGUAACAUUGAUGGAGUGGCAGCCAGAUGAGCAGGGACUUCAACAGGUCCUCCAACUACUCAAGGACUCUCAGUCACCCAACACAGCCACACAGAGAGCUGUCCAACAAAAACUUGAACAACUCAAUCAAUUCCCAGAUUUCAACAACUACCUCAUCUUUGUCCUCACACGACUGAAAACUGAAGAUGAGGCGACUCGUUCUCUGAGUGGUCUGAUCCUAAAGAACAAUGUUAAAGCCCACUACCAGAACUUACCGCCAGCUGUUGCUGAAUUCAUCAAGCAGGAAUGUCUCUGCAACAUCGGCGACUCUUCGCCGCUCAUCCGAGCCACAAUUGGCAUCUUGAUCACUACUAUUUCCUCCAAGGGUGAGCUGCAGACAUGGCCGGAGUUGCUGCCCCAGUUGUGCAACUUGCUCAAUUCAGAGGACUACAACACAUGCGAGGGCUCAUUUGGAGCACUGCAAAAGAUCUGCGAGGACUCGUCUGAGCUGCUUGACAGCGACGCUCUGAACAGACCCCUCACCAUUAUGAUACCUAAGUUCCUUCAGUUCUUCAGCCACCGCAGCCCCAAGAUUAGGUCUCAUGCUAUAGCUUGUGUGAACCAGUUCAUCAUUGGCAGAUCCCAGGCCCUGAUGGACAACAUUGACACUUUCAUUGAGAGUCUGUUUGCACUGGCUGCAGAUGAGGAUUGUGAGGUUCGAAAGAAUGUGUGUCGGGCUCUGGUGAUGUUGCUGGAAGUCCGGAUAGACCGCCUCAUUCCCCAUAUGCACAACAUUGUCCAGUACAUGCUGCAGCGAACCCAAGACCCUGAUGAGAAUGUGGCUCUGGAGGCCUGUGAGUUUUGGCUAACCCUGGCUGAGCAACCAAUCUGUAAGGAGAUGCUCUUUAGACACCUGAUGCAGCUCGUUCCAGUAUUGGUAAAUGGGAUGAAGUAUUCAGAAAUCGACAUCAUACUUCUCAAGGGUGAUGUGGAGGAGGAUGAGCUAGUACCAGACAGUGAUCAGGACAUCAAGCCUCGUUUCCACAGAUCACGCACUGUCACACUGCAGCAUGGAGGAGGAGUGGAUGGUGAGGAUGAUGAGGACAUUGAAGAUGACGAUGAUGAUGAUGACGACACACUGUCUGAGUGGAACUUGCGAAAGUGUUCGGCUGCUGCACUCGACAUACUGGCCAAUGUUUUCCGUGAAGACUUGCUACCCCACCUCCUCCCUCUUCUGAAAGGACUGCUUUUCCACCCUGACUGGGUCAUCAAGGAGUCUGGCAUCCUGGUGCUGGGCGCUAUAGCUGAGGGAUGCAUGCAAGGUAUGGUUCCCUACUUGCCAGAGCUCAUCCCUCACCUCAUCCAGUGUCUGUCUGACAAGAAAGCCCUUGUGCGCUCCAUCACGUGCUGGACUUUGAGUCGUUAUGCACAUUGGGUGGUCUCCCAGCCUUCUGACUCCUACCUCAAACCUCUUAUGACUGAGCUUCUGAAAUGCAUUCUGGACAGCAACAAAAGGGUGCAGGAAGCUGCUUGCAGUGCAUUUGCCACCCUGGAGGAGGAGGCGUGUACUGAACUUGUGCCAUACCUGAGCUUCAUUUUGGACACACUGGUCUUUGCCUUUGGGAAGUAUCAGCACAAGAAUUUGCUCAUCCUCUAUGAUGCCAUUGGAACUCUGGCAGACUCAGUGGGUCACCACCUGAAUCAGCCUGAGUACAUUCAGAAAUUGAUGCCUCCUCUAAUUGCCAAGUGGAAUGAGCUAAAAGACGAAGACAAAGAUAUCUUCCCACUACUGGAGUGUCUGUCAUCGGUAGCCACAGCCCUGCAGAGUGGGUUCCUGCCUUAUUGUGAACCUGUUUACCAGCGGUGUGUUACACUAGUUCAGAAAACGCUUGCUCAGGCUAUGAUGUAUAGCCAGCAUCCAGACCAGUAUGAGGCACCUGACAAGGAUUUUAUGAUUGUGGCUUUGGAUCUGCUGAGUGGCCUGGCUGAGGGUUUGGGGGGCCACGUCGAACAGCUAGUGGCCCGCUCCAACAUCAUGACCCUGCUUUUCCAGUGCAUGCAGGAUACAAUGCCUGAGGUGAGACAGAGCUCGUUUGCUCUGCUGGGUGAUCUAGCGAAGGCUUGUUUCCUCCACGUUAAGCCCUGUGUUGCUGAGUUCAUGCCUAUCCUGGCAGUCAACCUCAACCCAGAGUUCAUCUCAGUGUGCAACAACGCCACCUGGGCCAUUGGAGAGAUCUCCAUGCAAAUGGAGAUGCAGCCAUAUGUGGGAUUAGUUCUGCCACAUCUAGUUGAGAUCAUUAACAAACCUAACACUCCGAAGACUCUGCUAGAAAAUACAGCCAUUACAAUCGGUAGAUUGGGUUUUAUCUGUCCCCAAGAGGUGGCGCCUCAGCUUCAGCAUUUCAUUAGACCUUGGUGCCAGUCACUGAGAAAUAUUAGAGAUAAUGAAGAGAAGGACUCGGCCUUCCGUGGAAUCUGCAUGAUGAUUGGCGUCAACCCUGCAGGAGUAUUGCAGGAUUUUAUUUUCUUCUGUGAUGCUGUGGCCUCCUGGGCCAACCCCAAAGAUGACUUGAGAGAUAUGUUUUAUAAGAUCCUGCACGGCUUCAAGAACCAGGUCGGGGAGGAGAACUGGCAACAGUUCUCCAAGCAGUUCCCUCCUUUGCUGAAGGAGCGGCUGUCAACCUGCUAUGGUGUUUAGUAAACUACCCCUGGUCUGCAUCAGACAACAACCUUUUAGGAUAAUUUAUCGGAAUGUUACUGGGGAACUCGUACAUCGAUAUAAUCUCACUGCCCAGUAUGUGAGAAGAAAGAAGAGUUGUAAGGGUGUGACUGGCCUAAACGGUUUCCUCGCAGAUAGUCAUUGUGCCUCUUCAUCCAGUAUGUCUCUGAAAGGGACAGGAGGAGGAGGUUUGAGGGUAAACUGGAUGCACUAAAUUCAACACACUCAGAAAUGACUUGUAUCAGCAGGACUGCAGGGAUUAUAGAUAGUUGAAGCCAAUAGGGCUAGGUGUGAUCACCGCUUUAAUAUGUAAGACGAAGCAUGGGGUGACAGUAAAGUACAUAAGAAGAAUUUUCUAACCAGCAUAUGAUGACAUGGUUCCACAGUGCCCAUAGUCAGCAGGACAUGUACAGUAUAGAUGUGUGCAGAUGCAUGUGUAGGUUUAAUUUUAUUAGCCACUCAGGGCUGGCCAGGGAGUACAACCCCUGUCAGAAAUUAUGGAAUCACCACAUGUGUAGGAUAGUCACCAAACUUUAUAGCAAAUAAACAAAUCACAGAUGAGGCACAAAGCA